UGAGCGCGCUACGGCCAUGGGAGGCUGCAUGGGACGACCGCAGGGGGAGAGCCCGAGAUCCCAGUCCAGGGCCUCCGGUCACCCUCGGAAGAGAGCAGGACGCAACGAACCAUUAAAGAAAGAGCGACCAAGGUGGAAGAGUGAUUACCCAAUGACGGAUGGCCAGCUCCGUAGCAAAAGGGAUGAGUUCUGGGACACCGCACCAGCAUUCGAGGGGCGCAAGGAGAUCUGGGAUGCACUGAAAGCGGCAGCCUAUGCAGUGGAAGCUAAUGACCAUGAGCUGGCACAGGCUAUUGUGGAUGGAGCCAGUAUUACAAUACCUCAUGGCUCUCUAACGGAAUGCUAUGAUGAACUUGGAACCCGGUACCAGCUCCCAGUUUACUGCCUGGCUCCACCGGUUAACCUGAUCAUGGAAAGGGGUGAAGACGACGGAACCGACGCUCCAGAUCCGGCCCCCAAUAACAGGCGGGAGUUCCAGCUGAAAGUCCGCCUUUCCACGGGAAAGGACGUUAAACUCAGUGCCAGCAUGUCGGACACUAUUGGCCAAAUGAAGAAGCAGCUACAUACCGUGGAGGGCAUUGAGCCCUGUUGGCAAAGAUGGUUCUUCUCUGGGAAACUUCUCACAGAUAGGGUAAAACUCCAGGAGACUAAGAUUCAGAAAGACUUUGUCAUUCAAGUUAUUGUCAACCAGCCGGCAGAUACCCAAAACUGACCACGUUUAAAACCGAAAAACUAAAAUUGACCAAGAAUUUUUCAUGACACACUGGAAUGUUUAGACAAGUAAAGGCU